AUGGCCCUCUUCGCCGCCGCCCGCCGCGCCGCGGCCUCCUCCGUGCCCAUCCUCCUCCGCGCCUCCGCCUCCUCGGGGUCCCACCGCAGCGCCGCCCUGCUCCGGCCCCUUGCUGCCGCCGUGGCGCGGCCGAAGCCCCGCGCGAUGCCAUUCUCCUCGGCCCCCGCGACGAGACCCAGCUCCGACGCCGAGCUACUCAGCGUCAUCGACUCCGAGAUCAAGUACGCCGAGGACUGCGACGAUCACGAUAGGGUUGAGGAGGUUCCAGAUAACUUCCCUUUCAAAAUCAGCGACGAGAAGGGGACGAAUGUAGUUACCCUUAAAAGAACAUAUCAGGGUGAGCAGAUUGAGGUUGUGGCUCACAUGCCCAGCCUCGUCACUGGAGAUGAGCCUGAUCAUGACCGUGAUGGUGAGGACGAGGGUGAGGACAAGGAGGGAGAUGACAAUGAGGAAGACGAAGGCCAGAAGCCCGAACAGUCCAGCGUUCCUCUCACAGUCACUAUCUCCAAGGGUGAUGGUCCGGUCCUUGAAUUCACCUGCACUGCCUAUCCUGACGAGGUCCUCAUCGACUCCUUGUCCGUGACACAGCCCUCAGGGGAUGAUGAACAUGACAUGAUUGCAUAUGAGGGUCCUGAUUUCAAUGACCUUGAUGAGAACCUGCAGAGGGCAUUCCACAAGUACCUGGAGCUGCGUGGCAUUUCACCCAUGACCACAAACUUCUUGCACGAGUACAUGAUCAACAAGGACAGCCGUGAGUACCUGCUCUGGCUGAGGAAGCUGAAGGAUUACUUCAAGCAGUAG